GCUUUAGGAGAGAGACUGAGGCCACUGGGUUUACACAGGCAUUUUAUUCACAAUGGCUUGGAUUCUGGGGCUUGUCCUUUGGUCAUUGUUUCCCACCGAAGCCUAUCAACAAGUCUUCCUCCCCAGCCAUGCCGCCCGAGCCCUGUUAUUGGGCAGGCAGAAACGGGCCAACUUCCUGCUGGAAGAGCUGAGGCCCGGCAACCUGGAGCAAGAGUGCUUUGAGGAAAACUGCAACUUUGAGGAGGCCAGGGAAGUGUUUGAAGAUACGGGAAGAGCGUGGGAAUUCAUGAGAACUUAUGCUGAUCUUAAAGAUGCGUGUGCAUCAACACCUUGCCUGAAUGGUGGGACAUGCCGCAAUGGCAUCGAUGAGUAUAACUGCACUUGCAGGACAGGUUACGAAGGCAGGAGCUGUGAGAUUGCAGAAAAUGACAACUGUGCAUCAAAACCAUGCAAAAAUGGAGGAUGGUGCAAGAAUGAUGCCACACAGUACGAGUGCCUCUGUGAAAUUGGUUAUCACGGUCUCAAUUGUGAACUUGGUCCCAUUGACUGUUCAUCACAUGGACAAACCUGCGACCACUUCUGUAAGCCACAUGAUGGCAUUUACAUCUGUCAAUGUGCCCAAGGAUAUAAACUUGGAGAUGAUGAAAGGAGCUGUGUGCCUGAAGUACCUUAUCCAUGUGGAAAAGUAAUGGUCACUUCAUCAACUGAAGACACCGAAUUGAUCCUCAGGGUGAUUGAUGACGGCCAGAGUAGGAGGGGCGAAUACCCUUGGCAGGUGCUCUUAAAUCAUGACAACAAAACAUUCUGUGCAGGUGCCAUUCUAAAUGAGGACUUUGUGCUAACCUCAGCUGACUGUGUAAAGCAGUUGCGUUCCUUCACAGUUGUCGUGGGAGAGCACAACCUGGAAGUGAACGAAGGCGUUGAGCAAAUCCACAAUGUCAGUCAAAUACACAUUCAUUCAAGAUACUCCCCAGCUACUUUCGAGAAUGACAUUGCGCUCUUGAAGUUAGAGACACCGAUUGAGUUUAACAACUACACCAUUCCCAUCUGUCUUCCUGAAACAGACUUUGCUGAAUUCUUUUUAAUGAACUCUGAAUAUGGGGCCAUCAGUGGAUGGAAACUGAAGCAAGGCCAUGUUGACCAGCCAGUUCUUCUCAGCAUUCCAUAUGUUCCUUAUAUCAAACAUUCCAAAUGUGAGGGGAUGCAGCACUUUCCCGUUGUACAUCGAAUGUUUUGUGCAGGUAUCGAAGAACUGGCAGACCCACUGUGUUACUUAACCAGAGGAAGUCCCUUUGUCACUAAGUAUAAGGAUGUCUGGUAUAUGACAGGCAUAAGUUUAGGGGGAGGAGAAUAUGACUGCAAUGUGAUACCUGUUUAUACAAAGGUAUCAAGAUACAUCAGCUGGAUUAAAAAAAUAAUGGCCCAAUCAUCCUUGGGACUCUAGCUGUGCAGCCGACAUUAAGUUAAUGCAACUUCAGGAAGUAUUUGUGUUACUAAUGCUCCUAUAGACAGAGACACGGUAGUGGAGAAUUGAGUUGGCAUUCAUAAAGCAUAGAAAUGAUUAAAAAUUGAUUACUGACUCAAGUCCUACUUCUGUUCCCAUAUUCAAACUCCAUAUGGCCAUUUGCAAGAAUAAAAAAAUGGAUGCUUACCCUUGUAGACAGCAACUGGUCUUAGCCAUGCCAGAAACUAUGUAAAGCUGCUGAUGGGAUUGAAAACUGCUGUACCGAACGGAUAGCAUGGAAGCACUCGGAUGCAGGGGAUAGCAAUGAUGUUGGUUGUAAAGUUGGUGACUAUUGAAUGUUAAUUACAAUACUAAUCAGGACAGCGACUAUUGCAAUUAUGUUGUUUGUGGCAGCAAACACAGCGGUGCUGAUAAUCAAUGGUGGUAAUUAGUGAAAUAUUUGUAUCUCCCAGACACAACAUUGCGUUCAUAGUUGUUUUUGAACAAUUGUAUGCAAGAUGACAGAUUUCUAACAGAACUUCUGCAAUUACAUUUUCUUCUUUCCUAACCUUCGUUUAUGGAGCUUCAGAACAAGCACUGGUACAGACUAACAAAUGAAAAAUACAAUGUUGAUUUGAAUAUUUAAGCCUAUGCUAGUUGAUGUCCUGUGGUAAUGCACAUAGGAGCAAAAGACCAGAGAACGCCAGCGAGAAUGACCAGUCACUGCCAAGAGGAGCAGCGUUAUCGGACAGCUGAGAUGGCUCAUUCACAGAUACAAAAUGAGUGAAUGUCUCCUCAGAUCAAAACCCAGGGAGGUAGUUACUUGUCCUGAUCCGUGUAAAAACAUUGGUCCUUGAGGCUAACUAUCAAAUUAUAAUAAUGGCGCCAUUCCCCACUAUCCUAUAGACAGACAUCUAACAAUGGAGAUUGCAUCAAUAAAUCCAGCAAUUUUAUAUUA